AUGUCAAUAAAAGAAGCAAUCUCUUUACAUAAUAAUAAGAAUAAUACUAAUGAUGACUUAGAACGUGAAAAACUUUAUGAACUAGCUAAAAAAAUAUUGAUGCAUGAAAAUGCUUCAGAACGUUUUACUUGGUGCUGCAAACAAACAUUCAUGCUUCGUCUCAUAGGCGAUCAUCAAAUUUCGUGUGAUUUUAAAGACGCUAAGCCUGUUCUGUUAUAUGCAGAUAUGUACGAUGUCUAUCAAACAAGUCAUCAACAAAUUGAUCAUGGUGGUCAAGACAAGUGUCUCGAAAAUAUUUCAAAAAAUUAUAGUUAG